AUGUCGACUUUUGGACAGUAUUUCCGAGUCACCACCUAUGGAGAGUCGCAUUGUCCAUCGGUGGGCUGUAUCGUGGAUGGCUGUCCUCCGGGCAUGCCUCUCACCGAGGCAGAUAUCCAACCCCAGAUGACUCGACGAAGACCGGGCCAAAGUGCCCUGACAACACCUCGAGACGAAAAGGACCGGGUCAUGGUCCAAUCUGGCACCGAAUUCGGCAUUACCCUGGGCACUCCAAUUGGGAUGCUGGUGUUGAAUGAGAACCAGAGACCAAAAGACUACGGCAAUAGCACCAUGGAUCUCUACCCUAGACCCAGUCAUGCCGAUUUCACCUAUCUAGAGAAAUAUGGUGUCAAGGCCAGUAGUGGCGGUGGGCGAAGUAGUGCUCGAGAAACCAUAGGCCGAGUAGCAGCUGGAGCCAUAGCAGAAAAAUACCUAACCCUCUCCCACAACGUCCAGAUAAUCGCCUACGUCUCCUCCGUCGGCCGGGAACACCUCUUCCCACCUACACCCGAGCACCCAUCCCCCUCUACCAAUCCAGCCUUCCUCUCCCUCAUCUCCACCAUCACCCGCGAAACCGUCGAUUCCUUCAUCCCCGUCCGCUGCCCCGACGCCUCCGCCUCGGCCCGAAUGGCCAAAGUAAUCGAACAGCACCGCGACAACCACGACAGCAUAGGCGGAACCGUGACCUGUGUCAUCAGGAACUGCCCCAUCGGCCUCGGCGAACCCUGCUUCGACAAACUAGAAGCCAUGCUCGCGCACGCCAUGCUCAGCAUACCCGCGACCAAGGGAUUCGAAAUCGGCUCCGGAUUCGGCGGCACAGGAAGAAGAAGAAAAUGCACGCAACGCGGCGCCUCUACCCACUCCUCAACCCCCACCCCAAACGAAAAGCCCAAGCAGAAACAGCGCCUAACAACCAAGACCAACAACUCCGGCGGCAUCCAAGGCGGCAUCUCCAACGGCGCCCCCAUCUACUUCCGCGUCGCCUUCAAACCGCCCGCCACCAUCGGCCAGGCCCAGACCACCGCCACCUACGGAUUCGAGGAAGGCGUGCUGGAGGCCAAGGGCAGACACGACCCCUGCGUUGUGCCGCGCGCAGUGCCGAUCGUGGAGGCGAUGGCCGCUCUGGUGGUGAUUGAUGCGUUGAUGGCGCAGACGGCGAGGGAGGGGGCCAGGGCGCUGCUGCCGCCGCUGAAGGGCUUUACCACCCAGGCUAAGGGGAUCCCUUUCGAUUUAGACUCACCAACUAGGGAAUGGGAGGCGUUGAUUGGGCAUUCGGCCCUUUUCUUCUUCUUGUCGACCCCUUUUAUUCUUGAUUACCAUUUGUCUGGAUCGUCCAUCUACCCAAAGCCGCCCACCGAUUCCUUAGCAUCUUUUCCUAGUCAGCUCAUCUCGAGAGGUAAGUAG